UCCGGGGAAAUGUAACUAUGUGGCCGAAUAAAACACUUCACACCCGGACAUUACGAUAAUAAAAACAUGCACAUUUAUUUACAAACUAUGUACACAAAUUACACAACAUUACAAUUAAUCACAACAUAUUAAAAGUAACACCGCGGAGAGCGCGCGCGGGCAGCAUCUGGCUGCUGCUGCAGAUGAUGGCGUUCUGCUGUUCUGUAUGUUCGUCAUCGUCGUCGUCGGCGGCGGCGGCCGUCGUCGUCUAUCCAUCGUUGUGAUAGACACGAGCCGAGCCGAUCAUGGGGUACACGAAUGCUCGUUCACAACAUCUCCCCCUUUUAAGAUGACGAACAUGAAAUCAAGAGACACUUCUUCAUGCGACGAAGAAAGUCUUGACCAAACAGGAUGCAUCCAAUUACUCUGUACACAUUCGCAAUCCAAACCGGGCUGAUGCAGAAGGACGCUGGCUGUGUGGCAUCCGACUUCUGCAUGGCUGCUUGAUCCGAAUCGUGUUGACGCAUAACGGGGAGCAAACGACUUCAGGAACGAAUCGUGCUGCCAUUGGAGGACACGGCCAACAGUGUACCACUCCUGAUGGACGUUGAUUGCCAGUUCCUUUGGCCAAUGCUGAAGGGAAUCUCCAUCCUGCGAAUCGAACCGAGCUGCCAUGGGAGGACGCUGACUGUGCGUUCGGGCUCCCACUGGACUUACACUGGGUUGCCAAAUUCGGUGAUGGCGUUGGAUGAUGGGGAUGAAUGAUCAUCAUUCGGAAGCAAACCCGUGCUCCUGCAGGAGGACAUUAGCGUUGUCCGACUCCUGCCAGGUUCUGCUGUGCGACGAUGAUGAUGCCAAUUCGUCCAUCUUCCCUCCCGCGUAGGAUCCGUUGAGUCGGUAGUGCGCUUUCACAACCGACUGCUAAAUCUCGUCGCCACUUUCAUAUCCGGGGAAAUGUAACUAUGUGGCCGAAUAAAACACUUCACACCCGGACAUUACGAUAAUAAAAACAUGCACAUUUAUUUACAAACUAUGUACACAAAUUACACAACAUUACAAUUAAUCACAACAUAUUAAAAGUAACACCGCGGAGAGCGCGCGCGGGCAGCAUCUGGCUGCUGCUGCAGAUGAUGGCGUUCUGCUGUUCUGUAUGUUCGUCAUCGUCGUCGUCGGCGGCGGCGGCCGUCGUCGUCUAUCCAUCGUUGUGAUAGACACGAGCCGAGCCGAUCAUGGGGUACACGAAUGCUCGUUCACAACAUCGACAAUAACCGCUGAUGAGCUGGAAGAAGCUUUACAACGCACCUGUUUAAGCGAAGGCUACGUGUGGAACACAAAACAAAUUUUUGAUCGCAUAUAUCAGUGGCAACAGAAAAAUGUAAGUGUUUAUUUUCUGCAUGAUAAUUAUUUUGCUAAGAAUAUUUACAUUAUCUAUUCAAUGCAGCAACUUGCGCUUCAAACAUUACCGAAACACGAGCAGAUCCCUGCGGAUGAACGUCAGGAUUUGACAGGAGAAACUGCCGCCUCUCGGAUCGAAGCAUCUGAUCCGCUUCCGUUGCCAGAAAAAUCGAUUGAAUUUGUAAAAAUCAGUGACGGCCAAGAGAAAGUAGAAACCUCGGAUAGAUCGUGUUCCUUCGAUGCCGGUUGCAGUUACCGCAAGUCUGACCAGAUUCUAUUAACUGAGUCUGUGAUCGGGCCCAGCCGUUCUACCCUCCUUCGGCUGGUCAGUCAGGAGAUAACCGCAGCGGAACAACCAACGCAGAGCAGCAGUCUACAGGAUCCGACAUUUACACUGUUGGUGAAUGCUCCAGAAGACGGCGAGUUUCUAAGUGAUGCCACGAACACCGGACAGCUUUUCAACAACCUCGAUACUGAUGACGGCGGCGGCCACGGUACUGGGCAGGCUUUGGUGAGUACCCAAGUCAGUGUUAAGUCUGAAACAAUAUACCCGGAACGGACACUAAUCACCCAAAGCCAACACCCAUCUCAAUAUCAGACAUCCUUGCUGAGCAGCACUUCGCAAGAUUCGGCGAUUUUGCUGUUUGUAAAAGCUCCGGGGAGCGCCGCAUCUCCAGACCAAUCCAGACAGCUUCUUAGCAACCUCGAGUCAGACGACUGCAGUGGCCACGGGUCCGAUCAGGCAUUGGAGGGUACGAAUUCUAUCCAAUCGAGCAUCAAGGUUCAGGAAGCACUUGUCCGAAAAACAUCCGUGCUGUCGAGCAAUGCUCCAGGAGGCUCUGUAUCGUUGAAGGACAUCACAAAUAUAAAACAACACUCGAGUGAUCAAAAUGCUGCCGGAUGUAGUGGUAGCGGUAGUGGAUUGGGCGUAGUUGACGAGAAUUUAGUCGGGCGGAAAUUGUUCAGUCCGUCAGCACUGUUGGAAAUAUCGCACAGUGGACAACUUCAACAGCGGACGGAAAAUCAACGGCGAACGGAAUUCACGGACCGGGACGAAAGCAAAACACCGGUGUACUUUCUAACAGUACUCGAACGACUAAUUUAUUCACAAUCAAUAUUUACAUAAACAAU